AUGACAAAUAACACAAUAGUCAGGGUUUCGUUUCAUGGACUAGUUACAAGUGACCAGUAUGCUUACUUUAUGGAAUUCUAUAGUGAAGUUGGGACCUUGCUAUCGUUUAUUGGCAUCGUCUCAAACAUCAUCAACAUUAUAACGUUUGUAGCCAUGGGUUUGACAGAUGGAAUCACAGUUUCAUUCCUUUGUUUAUCAAUAUUUGACCUGGCCUACCUGAUCCCGUCGUUUGCACUGGGAAUUUCUAUAGCUUUUGCAGUGAUUGAACUACGAACACUUAUUGCCUUUGUCGUCGAGCCUCACGGAGUGUCUAUACUGAUAGCUAACUUUAUGGUGCUUGUCAACGUAACCAAUGUUCUGACAACAACGUUCCUAGCAGUUGCCCGUUGUAUGUGUGUAGCCAAGCCUUUACAUUUCAAGAACUGGUUUACUACAAAUAAAACCCUUGGAUUCAUUGGCUCAUUUGUCACUGUUGCCGUAGUCAGCUACGCACCAGUUAUUGCCAAUCUGGGCAUGGUAACGACGUUUGACAUCAAGAAAAAUAUAACUAGACCCAUUCUGUGGGUGUCUCCUAAACGUGAAUCAAUCAAAGUCAUUGCGUGGAUAAUAAUAGACUUGACAUUACCGUUUGCUACACAAUUCAUCGUUGUAAUCUGUGUUGUAAUCAUGGCCAGUAGUCUUCAAGCCUCAUCCAGAUUCAGACAAUCUGCAGUACUGUCACCAGAGAAUGCAAAAUCGGUAUUGAAACAAAACGGGAAAGUAACACUCUCCAGUACAUUGACUGUACCCACAGACAAACUUUCUAGCAAAGAUGUACGAGUGGUUCAGCAAGUAGUCCUGAUAUCUGUGGUGUAUAUCAUUUGCAACACGCCAAAAAUGAUGAUUAGCCUGGCUGCCAUCACUGUGCCGGGGUUUACAAUUGGCAAACGCUACAGCAACACGUACCUCUGCGUCAACACUCUGAGGCAACAGUUUGAGAUUUUUAACUCUGCAGUCAACACAUUUAUUUACUAUAGAUACAAUACUAAAUUUCGCUCAACCUUACUCUCGCUGUUCAAAUAA